AUGGGAAUAGCUUGGAUCACAGCUUUUAAAAGUAUCUCAUUUCCGGCUUCAUGCAACACACCACUAGCUCUUCUUUGUCUCUUUGGCUUAACCCUACUCCAUCUCUCCUUUGCCCAAGACACCCAACAAGACUACCUCAAAGCCCACAAUGACGCCCGUGCAGCUGUGGGAGUUGGUCCUCUUACAUGGGAUGACAAAGUGGCUGCAUAUGCAGGAGACUAUGCCAAUAAACGUCUUGGCGACUGCAAGCUUGUGCACUCCGACGGGUCCUAUGGUGAAAACAUUGCAUGGGGCAGUGCUGGCCUUUCCGGCAUGGCGGCAGUGAAGAUGUGGGUGGACGAGAAGAAGAGCUAUAACUACAACUCUAACUCCAGCGCUGCAGGCGCCGUGUGCGGGCACUACACUCAGGUGGUGUGGCGCAAUUCUGUUCGUCUAGGAUGUGCUAAGGUUCGGUGCAACAGCGGAGGCACAUUCAUUACCUGCAACUACGAUCCCCGGGGCAAUUAUGCUGGGCAGAAGCCUUACUCCGUGGACCCCUUGGUGAAGUUGGGACUCCUCGAAGGCUUCCAAAUUGUUCGGCGUUUAGAUGUUGGGAACUCAAUGCCUCAACACACAAAAUGA